AUGGUGGGGCUUUAUUCCGCGGUGACUCACUCGACGCUAUGGUGCCAUUAUAGCCGCAGACUGUUUUCAACUAUCAAACCACAGGUAGCAAACUACGAUUUAUUGGUCAUCGGCAGCGGCCCAUCUGCCACACAAUGUGCAAUCGAGUCUGCCAAGCAGGGCAAACGUGUAGCCAUCGUGGAUAAAAAGACACGGCUUGGUGGCGUGUGUGUCCACACUGGUACUAUUCCGUCUAAAACAUUUCGUGAGGCUGUGUUACAUCUGUCUGGAUAUCGUCACCAUGGAUUUUAUGGAAAAUCGUACAGUAUGAAGACUGUGACAAUUGAAGAUAUUCUGUAUCGUGUGCAACGUGUUGUAAGCUCGGAGGAAGAUGUAGUGCGCGCCCAAUUAAAGGCUGCUCGAGUGGAUGUCAUUCCAGGAUUUGCACGAUUUGAAAAUGAACAUGAAAUUUCCAUCCUACGAGAUGUAGAUACUCAGACGAAAAAGGAAAUUUCAGCCUCAAGCGUGGACUCGCUCUCACGUGCUAAAGCAGACAAAUUUCUCAUAGCGUGUGGUACAAGACCGGCGCAUAAUCCACUCAUACCGAUUGACGGAAAGGUUGUCAUCGAUAGCGACCAAAUUCUUAGUCGAGACAUGCACCUUUUGCCUCGUUCUCUUAUCGUCAUGGGUGCAGGUGUCAUCGGCAUGGAGUACGCAUCCAUGGUGAACGUUGUACCCGGCCACUCGGUCACUGUGGUAGACAGUCGACCUGAUAUUUUACCCUUCUGUGACCUCGAGAUUAUUAGCAACCUUACAUACGAAAUGCAAAGCAAUGGAGCGCGCUUUCUUCUUGGUGAAACUGUAAAGAAGGUUGAGACGACAAAAAAUCAAGUGAAAGUCUUUUUUAACAGUGGAAAAGUCCUAAGCGCCGAUGCUCUUCUGUACACGGUAGGACGUCAAGCAGCGACCGAUGGCUUGAAUCUGGAAGCGGUCGGGCUUUCUCGCAACCAUCGCGGCCUCAUUAACGUUAACAAGAACUAUCAGACCGAUCGGCCUCACAUCUACGCUGCCGGCGAUUGCAUUGGUGCUCCUGCACUUGCAUCCACAAGUAUGGAACAAGGCCGUCUAGCAUCAUGUCACAUGUGGAAACCGAAUGAAGAGCUGGCCGCAACAAGUCAAUUGGAAAGUGGUAAUUACCCGUACGGUAUCUACACAAUUCCUGAAAUCUCGAUGGUAGGGCAAACAGAGCAGCAACUCACGAAAAACUGCAUCAAUUAUGAGAUCGGAAUCGCAAAAUACUCUGAACUUGCAAAAGGUCAAAUGAUGGGGGCAAUGGCUGGGGGUACACUUAAGAUUUUGUUUGACCCUGAAACAUUAAGUUUACUUGGCGUGCACGCCAUUGGGGAGGGGGCCACGGAGACUAUUCACAUUGGACAGGUUGCAAUGGCUAUGGGCUGUUCUUUGACAUAUUUUCGCGACGCUGUAUUCAACUAUCCCACUCUAGCAGAAGCUUACCGCGUCGCUGCUCUUAAUGGAUUGGGCCGUCUCAGCCGUGACGCUGAAGAACACUGA